UGUGUGGUGGUGUGUGUGUGUGUGUGUGUGUGUGGUGUUCGGGCAUCCCCGCAUGGUCAAGGACGAUGCUGUGGUGGUGUGGAAUGUGAUAUCUGGGUGGCUUGCCUCGUGGAUUGUGUUUAAUUAUCUAUUUACUUUAAUUUAUUUAUACAUAUAUUUAUAUAUUUAAUGCUCGUUGCGAACGUGAAGUUGACGCAGUGAGUGGAGUUGUGGCUCAGGACGCUGGGACACUGCGGCUAGAGUGUGUUACCACCCCGGGAUUUCAGCACAGGCGUCGGGAAUUGCAAACUGUGCUGGACACUAGCCCUCCACGACUGGAGUAGAAGAUCUCUGCUGUAGCACAUGACUGAAGACUGACUGUCCUUCCAGGCGUUUGAAUGAAAUGAGCUCAGAUGGACCGCAUGAAGAUUAUUAAGAGGCGCUUGUCUAUGAGCCUGCGCAGUGCCCGGCCAGUGGAUGAAAACCUGUCGGAGCUUGCCGAGCAUGCUGCCACGGAUGAGCCACCUACGUCACGAGAGAAUGAGUCCAUGGUUUGCCCCGUGCCCCCUCCCGCAUCCCAAAGUGCCCCUUCGUUCUUGCGCCACUACGCAGGGGGUUUGGGGCGCGGCGCAAUGCGUAAAGAAGGCCUGGACCGACCCUACCUUUCUCUUCACCGGACUGGCUCUCUUGGUAUAGUGCAUGAAAAUGUCAAAAUGGGGUCAGAUGGAGAAAGUGAUCAGGCGUCAGGGACUUCAUCCGAUGAGGUGCAGAGUCCUGUCAGAGUGCGAAUGCGUAACAACCACUCACGUCGCAUCUGCAAUGAGGACAUUAAUAAGCGUCUAUCACUGCCGGUGGAUAUCCGUUUGCCAGAGGGUUACCUGGAAAAAUUUGCUAUGAACAGUCCUCCAUUUGAUAAACCCUUGAGUCGGAAGCUACGGCGAGCUUCACUGUCUGAAAUUGGCUUUGGGAAACUGGAGACAUACAUCAAGUUGGACAAACUUGGAGAAGGAACCUACGCAACAGUGUAUAAGGGCCGCAGUAAACUGACUGAUAAUCUGGUGGCGCUGAAGGAAAUCCGGCUGGAGCAUGAAGAGGGUGCACCGUGCACUGCCAUCCGUGAAGUAUCCCUCCUGAAGGAUUUAAAACAUGCAAACAUUGUCACUCUUCAUGACAUCAUUCACACGGACAAGUGCCUAACACUGGUCUUUGAGUACCUGGAGAGGGAUCUAAAGCAGUACAUGGAUGACUGUGGGAGCAUCAUGUGUGUUCAUAAUGUCAAAAUCUUCCUCUUUCAGCUGUUGCGUGGACUAGCAUAUUGCCAUCGCCGCAAGGUUCUACACAGAGACUUGAAACCCCAGAAUCUGCUCAUUAAUGACAGGGGAGAGCUCAAACUUGCAGAUUUUGGUUUGGCUCGAGCCAAGUCUGUACCUACUAAGACAUAUUCUAAUGAGGUGGUCACACUCUGGUAUCGGCCACCUGAUGUGUUACUUGGAUCAACAGAAUACUCCACUCCUAUUGACAUGUGGGGGGUUGGCUGCAUAUUCUACGAGAUGAUUACAGGACGGCCUCUGUUCCCCGGGUCCACAGUGGAGGAUGAACUUCAUCUAAUAUUCCGUAUCCUUGGCACUCCUACUGAGGAGACCUGGCCAGGGGUCAGUACCAAUGAAGAGUUCAGAAACUAUAACUUCCCUCGCUAUCACCCCGAACCUCUUGUGAAUCAUGCACCCAGGAUAGACAGUGAUGGUGAAAAAUUAAUCAUGCAGUUGUUACAGUUUGAGGCAAGGCAGCGCAUCUCAGCAGAAGAAGCGCUCAGGCAUCCCUACUUCAAGAGUUUGGGGGAGCAAGUACAGCAACUGUCUGACACGGCCUCGAUCUUUUCGGUGAAGGAGAUCCAACUUCAGAAGGACCCAGGAAAACGUACAACAACAUACUCUGAGUCAGCCAUGCCCCAUAAGAUGGCUCCCAUGCGUUUGGAAUAUUUGCAGAGAGAAGGAGCAAAGCUGAAUCCUGCUCUCUCUUCCCCCUCUACUGGCUGACUCAUUGUACCACUCUGCCCAGGGAAAGUCCCGAAGACAGAGUGUUUUGUUUUAGAAAUGUGCCCUAACUGAUGACAUCACACAUUUUGCACAAACAGAAUACAUUACCCCACCCCAACAAAGGAGGAAGAACUUGAAACCUUGCACCAAUCAAACGAGGGAACAAAGCUUGGACAUUUGAUCUGAGGGAAAGCUUCACCGCACAGUCAAGAAAUAGGAUUGCACUCUUCAAUAAACAUGGAAAAGCUUCACUCAUAACAUGCAUACAACUUGUGAAGGAAUGUAAGAAUCAUCUACAGCUGCUCAUAAGGAUACAUAAGUUUAUUCUUAUAAUCAAGGAGACUGAUAGAAAGGAAGAGGAGCCAAACCAAGAACACCAUCAUACAUGAUGGGAUAAUAAUAUACUUUAAUCCAGGUCAUGCUGUGUAGCUCGCAUUCAUUUAUAUAAACCUUAGCAGUAUACCUCAUUCCUCUCCAUGCAUCCAGCAUUCAUUUAUCCAUGUGGUUGUCCAUGCUACUGUGUAUAUCAGCAUGCUGGAAAGAUUAGUUGGGAGUCUCUUGUGUGUGUAUAGUUGCUUUUCGUUUAAAUAUGAAUAUUUGAAUCUUUUCAGUAACCAUAAAAAAACCACCACCACCCCUACGUGAUAUACAUACUGCUGUGUUGGUACGAACUCUGGUUUCAACAAACCCUGGCACCUUACACUAGUUAAGCUCAGGAUGUCUUCUGUAAAUUCAUACCUAACUAAUGACCUUGGAGGACUGGAAACUGAAAAUAGUAAUGACACUGAAUUUAACAGUGCAUGAUCAGCAAUGCUGUCUUUAUAGUGUGCACUACAGGGCAAUUCCGAACACUUAAGAGUUGUUUUGGAAGCUGUCCAAACAGAAAGGGGUAUGACAAGAGUAAAGAGUAUUAGAAAAAGUGCUCACUUGAUGAUGAGUACUCAAUGUGGUAAGCAGAUAAAUGUUCUUUGUGUUGUCUAUGGUUGUUGCCUAUUACAUUAUCUCUGUCAGUUUAUGUUUUCUGAUGGGUCACCAUUUCUUAUCCUGUUCCCGCCAUAAUCAUAUAGACCCUUUUAAGAAAUGAGCAAAAAUUAAUAUUCACUGCCUGGCCAAAAAAAGGUGCUGUAUGGAUUGAAAUAAGCAAAUACUUCUUAGAGUUUUAUUGUAUAAAAUAUUGCAGUGAAUAAUGUGCUUCAAAUGACAUAAAAUCAGCUAAUGUAGUGAAUUGUGCAACCAUGUUAGAAGACCUACCGUGUGGUUGUAAAGGAUAGUGCUGGACCAUAAAAUUUACAAAAAGUUUAAAUGUCAUGAAUUAUAGUGAUCAGAAAUGAAUGUGUGAUGAAGUUGCGUAUAAAAAAAUCCAGUAGAAAUAACAGCUCUGUUUAUUAGUAAAGGUAAGAACCUUUCCGUGUGUCCAAUGCAACAAGAACUCAUAGUAUUGGACUAAACUGCUGUGUGGCCAUAAGAAACCACUUCCUGGCGAAGCUAAUCGAGAAAAAAAAAGAGUAGGGACUUUGGGAGCAGAGAGAUUGGAUUUUGGAGCAAUGGUAAAAGGUUGUAUGGUCUAAUGAGUCAAGAUUGACCCUAUUGGAGAGCGAUAAGCAUGUCAGUGUAAGAAGAGGAAAGUUCUUGAAGCAGUGCACCCAUUGUGUAUAGUGUCCACUGCACAAGCCUCUGGCAGCAGUAUUAUGAUUUUGGGCUCAAGUCUAGGCUCAGAAAAGUAAUGUGGCAAUAAAAUUAAGUCAGCUGACUACCUGAAUGUACUGAAUGACAAGGUCAUCCAACCAAUGGAUUUUUUUCCCCCCUGAUGGCACGUCCAUAUUCCAACGUUCCUUAGGAUCAAAUUGUGAACAAGUUUUUUUGAGGAACCAUUUUCAUUCUAUAAAAUUGGCUUUAAUCUUUAUCUUAACGUGCUUUACUUAAUCUUAAACAAAAUGGUUGUCCUAUCAUCAAUACAAGAGCUUAGCCCAAUAUUGCAGCAGCUCUGAAUGGAAAUAAAUGUUGUGACAUUGAAUAAUUUGAUGAAACAAAACAAAGCCAUAAUGAAAACUGAUGGUGGUUCAAUGACAUUUUUUGUCUAGGCAGUGUAUAAAAAUAGUAACACAUGCAAUAAGUGAUAUUUAGAGCUUAACAUAGAGAGAUUAUUUAUAUUUUCUUUUUUCCUUUUUUUACCCUCAAACAAACAUUGGGGUAGGGCCUGUUUUUUUUUCUGUAAAACGUUUUUUUGUGUGGACAGUAUCCUUAAAGUUAAUAGUUUGUGAUUACAAGUAACAGCUGUGAGUCUCUUACUGUAAUGCUGUACAAGAUCAGAGACACCUUAAGAGGGAUGUUGGAUCCCUCAGCAUGUACACUUAACCUUUUUAUUUUAAACCACAGGUUUUAAGAAGGUAAAAUUUAGAAAAGAACUUUGAAACUGACAUUUCCUUUGCAAAACAGUGGUUUUGUGUUUCUUGCUCAUGUGUUAGUUGGCAGUAUGUUUGGUUAAGUUUGAAUGUCCUGGGAGAGGCAGCCAGCUGAUGAUCUGAAAGUUUUUGGUACAGUACUUAUAAAAAUUCACAAUACCUCGUGCAUCAAUGAUCUACUGCCAUAUUGGAUCAGAUUCUCAGAUGCUUUUAAUUGUUUUCAGUUGCUUUUUGCUAAAAAACAUGUCAGUUUUAUGCAUGACCAAAACAUUAUUGGUGUCCCCUGACCAUGACCAAUUACGUCAGUCCUAGAUGCUUGUUGAGAGUCAGAGAAUCAUUGUCUGAGAUUCUCAAGAAGGGCUUUUUCCUUGCAAAUCUUCCAAACAGCUCAUUGUGAAAGUUUAAUGGUUAACUUUCAGAUUUGACAAUCAAAGGGUUCUAAAAGUGUGAUUUUUACUGUCCUCCUUUACGUAAAUUCUUACAGUCCUAAUUAGCCUUAAAGGGUUGCUUAUCUGAUUAUUUUUUCCAUCGUUGCUGGAUUGUGCAUGUCAAUAACCAUGUCACUUUUGUGUAUUUUUUAGGGAUUCCCCAUUAUAUUAACGCACACAGAAACUUUUAGCAUGUUAAACAAAUAGUAUCAUGUUUUUAUGUAUUUAUGUUUUAAUUGACGAUUAUAAAUUCUGGUGGGCCCAAUUACCCAAAAGCAUGGCUGCACCUAUAUAUACACACACACAUGGCUCAAGUAUCAUAUAUAUAAAAAAAAAUCAUAAAUCAGCAAUUAUGUUUUCUCUAAUGGUACAAGAGGCCUGAACACUAGAGGCGGCUGUCAGUUCAGAUGAUCUUAACACAAAAUUUUUAAUGUUUUUGGGGAAAACGCCCACAUUGUUGUGAGUAAAGCAUUUCUACUGUGAGUUCUGUGCACUGGUAAAACACUGCUUAGUUGUUUAGCAUAGCCAAGGACUAAACUGUCUGACAUUUUUUUUUGAGUACUUCUUACAUUAUGUUUUCAUGCAAUACUAAAGAAAUUAAUACUAAAAAUGCACAGAAUGUUUGGCUGCCUUAUAUGUUUGGCCGAAAAAUAAGAAAUAUAUUCGGCUUUGAUCAAAAAGGUAAUAUUAUGGAAUAUUUUGACUGAUUAUGUAUGUUGUGUUUUUUUCUGCUCUGUUGUUACCCUUUUAAGUCAUAUUAGACUAAUAUAGCAAUACAGUUAAAUUAUGUAAUAAAAAGGUUAAACUAAGAUGUUCAUGGUGCACACAAAUUUUAUGUUGCUCUGCUUUUUUUUUCUCCAAUUUUUUUUAUUUAUUUUUUAAAAAUACUAAAUUACAUUGACAUCAUUUAUGUAACAAUCCAAAGUGGUUUGGCCAAUUAAUAAAUUUAAACAUCAGAUUGAGGAAGCAACUAAACAAGCUUUGUGAGUCUGUGAUAAUACAAGUAUACUGCAUUAUUGCUUAUUGCUGUAGGACUAUAUACCAGGUAAAUUAAUGAUAUAAAAAUACAUUUUAAGAGCAGUGAACAGGGUCCAAAAGCUAUACCCACUUCCCAAUUCUUAUAAUAACUUAUUUUGCUGUAUUGCAACAUUUAAUUCAAAUAUAUUACAUGGGAAAUUUUAUUUGUUAAUUUUGAAGUGACCCCUGAAGAAAUGAAAUUAAACAGUGUUCACAAAUACUCAAAAUUACUUACA